AGAGUUAGGGUGAAAUGUUAAAUAUUAGUUGUCACUCCUGUGGACGACUUCUCACAACAUUAUCUUCUAUUCCAAAAUUUCGUAACUUGAAAAAUUUUCAUUUUUUUGAAAAUUAUAAUCUCCAUGUUUCAAGACCAUCGAUUCGUUUUAUGACAUCACAAUCAAAUAUUGAAUAUGAAGCAGAAAAGUUUUCAAAACUUGCGGAAAAUUGGUGGGAUGAAAAUGGAGCCAUGAAAGCAUUACACAGCAUGAACCGAGUGAGAGUUCCUUUCAUAAGAGAUGGUUUGAUAUCCAUGGGUUGUGGGGAACCUUACACUUCCAAACCUUUGCAAGGUAUCAAGAUAUUAGAGGUUGGUUGUGGGGCCGGCGUAUUGUGUGAACCACUAGCUCGACUAGGAGCAUCAGUGCUUGGGAUCGACGCAUCAGAUAAUGUCCUGGAAGUUGCAAAGAUACAUAGAGAUGGCAACACAGAGUUAUCAGACCUUCAAUACAUCGAUGCUGAUCUCGAAGACAUCGUUGGUGCGGGUACGUUACGGUUUCAUGCAGUUGUUGCAUCGGAGGUGGUUGAACACGUUGAAGAUAAGACGAAGUUUAUCAACAAUUGUUGUUCGCUGUUGAUGCCGAAUGGGUCCUUAUUUCUCAGCACAAUCAACAGGACCCAGGUCUCAUACCUUCUAGCAGUGCUUAUGGCAGAAGAGGUGUUGGGUGUUGUACCACCAGGCACUCAUGAUUGGGAGAUGUUCGUUACAACGGAUGAGAUCAAGUCAUAUUUAAAUCAAGGAAAUUGUGAAAUACAGAAGAUAGUUGGAAUGAAUUACAAUCCACUUAAUAAUAAGUGGACUAAGUGUCAAAAUACCAGUGUUAAUUAUAUUUUACAUGCUGUUAAAAAAAAUGACAUCAAUGCAGACACUCAGUGAACAACAAAUUUGUUUCUUUUAACUUUCUUUGACUUUUUGUGUUCGCGUAAAUAUUAUGUUUCAAGAAAAUUUUGUCCAAAUUUGGUGCCGACCACAUAAUAUUUUGUAUUUUAUGUAAAUGUUUUGUUAUCUAAAGUUCUGUGGAGAGCGAUAAAGGACUUAUUACUAGCUUUUCAAGAAAAUGUGGCUGUUAACACAUUGAUUCCUUGUACAUGAACUGUUGACGUAUUGAAUGCAUUCAUUCUGUUAAUCCUUUUAAAUACCAUAGGAUUAAUCUCACUCACUCUAAAUGUCAUUUACAGACACCACACCAGCAGUAGGUUGUGUUAUAUGGUUGGUGUGUUUGAAUGUGGUAGUUAGGAUGUGUAAUUCUUAUGUGACAUGCUACAAGUAGGUUUGGUUGCCACGAAGUUGGAAUAAUGAUCAAGAUUGCGCAAGAAUUGGAAGAAGUAGCAGCCAAGUAUUCACAUGACCCGUGCGCCACAAUACUUGGUAUAUCAUCCACUCUUCCAUGGCCAGUGUUAGCAUGUGGUGUCAUAUGUGUUGCUGUAUUGUUUGGUUCUGUUGCGAAAGGUUUUGCUGCCAGUUCUACUGCAGUUGUGUGCAUUUUGAUUCUUCUGCUUUUGGCGUUGAACAUUUUUGUUCAUGUUUGGAGUGAGAGAAAACAAAGAAAAGAAAUUAUCCAAAAUCUUCUUUGGCUUUCAAAGUUAAUAAAAGAAACUCUCGAAGAAUCUUCUUUUCUUGAAAUUCUUGAUGAUUUUUUGACAUUUCUUGACGAUCAGAAAACAUCGUACCUCAACACAUCCUCACAAACCUACUUAUAUAACCAACAAUAUGGUAGGGACAAACCUGUAUUGUUUCCAACUUCAUUGAUAGCUACUGAUGACAUCAUCGGGUUAUGUGUGGGUCAAAGUUCACCGUGCGCUGUAGCGUGUAAUCGGGAUACUUGCAUCAGGUUGUCAAAGGGAGAUAGUGUCAACCAAGAUGAUUUGAAAUGCAACAACUCCACUGAGGAUUCAUAUUUACAUCAAUUUAAAGUUUUGAAAAGUCCGAUAAUAGAAGAGAUAACAGGCUGUUUGGAGACUAAGGGCAUCAUGCAUGAUCGACCACGUUCAACGUUAACAAUUUAUCGAAGAAUCGUGAUGCGUAACGUGGUUAUGAUGAUGCUACCAAUGUUGACUGUUGUAUCUGUUGGUAUUGGAUGUUUGUGGCUUAUCCUUGGCCCCAUGGUUGAUAUAGAAGGCUAUGUUUUAUUGACCGAUCAAAUACAUUGGUUCAGUGUUGCCGCCGUGUCCCCUUGUCUCAUAGUGUUGCCAGUGCUUCCCAUUAUGUGCCCGGUUAUUUGGUCAACACUGCUAGGGGUGGGGGAAGCCAAGACAAUCUCACCAACCAUGAAAAGCAACCACAGCAUGAAAUAUAAGUUUUUGAAGAAUUGGCAGCGAGUGUUUCUUGAUAUUCUGGUUGGGAGAAAUCUUUCGUACAGCGGUGCUUUUGAAAUGUUGGGGACCUUGACUGUGUUGUGCUGUGUUAAUAAAGAAGGAAUAUUAUCGUGGUACGAACCAGCACCGGAGAAAAUCUUUUUCCUCAACAAGCAUGAUGUAGACACAGAUUCCACUUCAGACUCAGAUGAUGAACCAGAUACUCUUGCCAUGAAUGCAACAUUUGAAGGCAGUCAAGCAGAACCACACAUAGAAAUCCUAACAUUAUCGCAAGACACACAGAAUUCAAACAAGCUUCAUUUUGAUGACUUAGAUUGGGGGAAACACCUUUCUUCAUUAAAACCUAUCGGACUAAAUAUCACGGUAUCGCAAAUGGGGAAUCCCCUCGACCCUGCUGUUAUACCAGCUGCUUUAAAUAAAACGGAACAAAGGUUUUAUUCUGAUGUCAUAAUGAAGCACAAUGAGUGUGACACGAACGUGGAUUUACUCGAAGCCGAGAAAAGAAUGGAAUUUGUUGCAGUUUCGAAUGGAUUGAAAGUACCCGAAACUUUAAACGCAAAGCUUGGUCUUUGUUCGUUGUCACGCUUGAUUGGAUUUUCCGAAGAUAUAAGAUUUCUAUAUUUGCCCAAGAGAACAAUGUCAAUUUUCCGAACCACCAACCCACCACACGAUGGCGAUAGAGCUACACGUCCAAACAAACAUCAAGAAUCGGAAAGUUUGAUGUUCGCUCAUGGAAUGGUUGUUUCUCAUGCACAAUACGGGAACCAUCUUUUAACUUCUGGAACCGGAGAUUUAAUUCUCGAACUUAGUGAUUAUUUCUGGAACGGGGAAGAAGUUCAAAAGUUCACGGAAACUUCUCGGAAAAAGUGUCUCGAUUUCCACCACCGUAGUGCGAUAAUGGGUCACUGCGUUGGAUUCUCGUACAAACCAGUGUCGUCCCAGUUUGCGGAGCUUGGGAACAGCUUUCAGGAUAUCAGCAACGAACACAGUGUUGACCAGUUCCCAUCAAAACAAAUCUUCCUUGGCAUGCUAUCCGUUCAAUAUCAGGCUCGGCUUCAUAUCUUCCAGUUUGUUGAAGCAUUGGAAGGAGCUUGCAUCAGAUUUGUUCAUUUCUCAUCUGCUGAUGAAUUUAAAUCACGGGUAUUCGCGGAGAAGAUGGGUUUAGAAGUUGGGUGGAAUUGUCACAUUUCGCUGUCAAGCAACAACUUGCCACGUGACAGCAUGUUCGAAACCUUGCAGAAUAAUCCGGAAUAUCGAGAAGAAUGCAGCUCAUCUGAAGACGAACUUUCAGCAUUGAUUCGAGAUCCACAGAUGAGAAGCGAAUCCAGUAUUUCUGACUCGGAGUUUCAUGCAUUGAACAGAGCGAAACUACCACGCGGGGUGGAAAAUAUUGUCCCACACAUUGAGAAUGUUGAUAAUGUUCCAUUACUUGUUCCUCUCUUUACUGAUUGUAAACAUCAAUCUUCACGUAGAAUGAUUGAAAUAAUGCAGAAGUAUGGGGAAGUAGUUUGUUGUGUGGGGAGUUCGGAUUCUAUCAAGAAUAUUAUCAUCUUCUCACAAGCUAACGUUAGUAUUGGCCUUCAACCAAUAGUUAGCUGCGUAACAAUGGAUGAUUGUGACAAACUCGAGUCUCUAAACAGCAGUAGGAAGUCGGAAUCAAAACUUUAUUUCCAGCCUUCGUCAACUACAGAUAAUUUUACUAAUUUGGAUAACUCGAACACUUUAGAUGAUUUGGACAACAUUGCCAUGACAACUGCCAGGAAGUUAAAUACUUUCCCGUGCUCUGUGGCGCUAUCUGGUGAUAGUAGUUUGUUGGUCAUAUACAACAUGAUAAGAAAGGCGCGUCACUUCUUGUUCCUACUAAAUGUGAGCUUGAUAUUUUACAUGAAAUGUUUAUCUAUGAUCUCAUUGGUUCAACUACUUGGUCAUGUGAUUUAUUUCCCUCCUAUUUUCACUGCGGUUGAUGUUUUUUGGUUGGUGUUUAUUUUGACCCCAAUUUUAAGUUUUUCUCUCCUUGGUUCCCCCCCUGACAGCGACCUUAUGACUUGGGCCUCGCUCAAAAACACAACCGACAAAAUUCCAAAUAUUCAAAUUUUCCGCCAAAAUCUUGUUCAUUUUUCAACCAAAUUCCUCCCAAGUUGUUUGGUGGUUGUAAUCCUUCAUGUUUUAUGCGUAUUGUCCAUCUGUUAUGACAUCGAUAAUAAGUUAGCCAUGCACUUUAACAUAUCAUCUAAUGUGACAAACCAAUCCACCAUCAAUAAAUCAAUGAAUCCACCAUAUACCGUAAAAUGUCCGCCUGUUAUUUCCGUGCUUGUGGAAAACAACACAAACAUUGCUGGGUUUCGUUUUCGAACUGUUGUUCAGCAGAAGACGCGCGAAUCUCAACAAAUUGCUGUGUUUAUAUUAUUUCUAUAUAUGUGUAUAAUAUCAUCAACUUACAUACAAAGAUGGAAAUCGUUGAAACAAGUUUCCCCUCUUUCUAACAAACCAUGGAUAAUAUGCGUUUUAACUUUGUUGGUUGUUCAGACUCUAUACAGCUACAUUGUAGUUACAAGCGGUGUUUCAACAUCUAAAUUCACUAACCCAAUAUUUUACUUUGGGCCGUACCAGAAUGUAAUUUUCCCACUGGCAACACUGUGGUCCAUCCCAUGCUUAGUCAGCAAUGAGUUGGCAAAAUGGAGGGAAAUUCAAUUAUGGACUCGGAGCCAAAAACGUGCAAGACUUGAAUUUGGGACAAAACUUGGAAUGAAUUCACCGUUUUAGAUGAAAUAAAUUUUAUAUUAAGCAAGCUA